AUGGGUAUUAGAUUUAUUAUAAAUAUCCGAUUAGAUAAAACGGUUAAGAUUAAAAAAAUUUGGGCUACUAGAAUAGAUGUUUAUAUAUCAAAAAUGAAGAAUUACCACGUAUUAUUAGUUUUAUUAUUUAGUUUUUUAAUAUCGUCUUGUGCAAAACCCAAUGGGCCUGAAAAAGAGGAAAAUCUUAAAAUUAUAGAUGGAAUAGAAGUUGUUCCACAUUCAAUGCCUUAUAUGGUAGCAAUUAAAAGCAAUAUUAAUGGUCGAAAUAUGCUAUGUGGUGGAUCUUUAAUAACUGCCCAUUUAGUUUUAACAUCUGCAAUGUGUGUAUCUGGGGCCACGGAAGCUGAAAUUAUUUUAGGAGCUCACAAUAUAGAGACACCAGAUGAAGAAGGUCAACAACAUAUGGUUGCAACGGAAUUUAAAAUUCAUGAAAAAUUUGAUCCUAAAAAGAUACACGAUGAUAUAGCCCUUAUUCAGUUGCCAAGACCUGCUACUCUCAAUAAAUUUAUCGGAACGAUAAAAUUACCUGACGUGACAGAAAUACUAAAUUCAUAUGACGAAAAAGAAGCAACAGUUGCUGGAUGGGGAAAAAUUAGUGAUGCUGUCCAAGAAACCAGCAAUGUUUUGAGGUCUCAAAAUCUAACCAUAAUUCCAGUACUAGUGUGUGAAAUUUCAUACCUGCUUAACAUCAGACUCAGUCAAAUGUGUACAUCUGGAGUUUCUUUAAAAAAUAUUUGUCUCGGAGACGCUGGUGGUCCAUUAGUACUAGACGGAGUACUGAUUGGUAUUGCUUCGUAUGGAAGUUCUCUUGGUUGUUCUAUUGGUUUUCCUGGUGUCUACACAAGAGUAACGAGCUAUUUGGAUUGGUUGUUAUUAAGUACAUCUUAAAAAUUAUAAAAUAUAUAAUAUAACUGUUUUAAAAAGUUUUGUGUGUGAUAUUUUUUUUAGUAUUGGAUAAUAGUAUAAUAUAAUUGAUACCUUCGAAAAGGGGUUAAUCACAUUUAUAGAAUUGAAGGGCUAAUCGAUCAUGCAACAUUUGCCUUAUCUCUAUGAAAGAUCAGUGAUGAUUUAAACGAAGUUUUUUUUAUUAAAGAAGACAAGUUAAAAAUUAAGAAUACAAAUGUCACCUUUUAUUUGUUACGUAAAUAUGUAAUGCUCGAUGCAUUGUGUGACCCAAGUGAAUUUUGAUAAAAGUGUAUAAACUUUCACCGAUAUUUAUAACUUUUAAUAUGAUGACGUCAGUAGCGUGGCUUGAGUUGAACACUAAUGGUGGUGUUUUAGUUUGAUUGGCUUAACUGUAAAAAUUCGACUAUUACCACUUGCGAGUGAAAUGCCUUGCGGUAAGAAAAAGAUGAAAAAUGACACUGUCAUUUAUGUGAUAUACACCACAUACUUUGAUUUUCUUUUACUAUACGGAGAAUGGUCGCACUGCGCAGCAUAUCAAACAUAUCAAAGACGGUCCUGUGCUCACGAACCCAGAUGUUCAUUAUUAGCAACUGUAAACAAACGUCUACGUUACAAUAAUCGCGUUCGCCAAGCCUUAUCUGCGCGAAAAAUUCAAGGCUAACUACUUUUCAGUCACGUAGGCAUAUAUGUAUCUUUUUCUUUUGAAAGACACAAAAAUUAGACAAUGCAAUCUUAGGCAUGUAGGUAGUUGUUAAAUAAAAAUUAUAUAAAUAU